GUGAAUGGCAAAUUCGAGGAAAGAAGAAGCAGCAGCAGCAACAAAAUAUUCGCUGUCAAAAAAAGAGUGAAAAUAGGAAUUUGGUUUAGUUAAUAAAAAAUACGACAAUUUAGUUAGGCCAACAAACACAAUUAAGCAUUUAGAGGCAAGCCGACAAUGGGUGGAGUUCUAAGCUAUUUCCGCGGCCUAUUAGGCUCUAGGGAGAUGCGUAUAUUGAUCCUGGGCUUAGAUGGUGCCGGAAAAACGACUAUUCUAUACAGAUUGCAAGUGGGUGAGGUGGUCACCACUAUUCCAACCAUAGGUUUCAAUGUGGAGCAAGUGACAUAUAAGAAUUUGAAAUUCCAAGUAUGGGAUCUGGGUGGACAAACGAGUAUUAGACCCUAUUGGCGUUGCUAUUAUAGCAACACAGAUGCCAUUAUCUAUGUGGUAGAUUCGGCAGAUCGGGAUCGUAUAGGCAUUUCCAAAGACGAACUACUAUAUAUGCUGCGCGAGGAGGAACUUGCCGGAGCAAUUCUCGUUGUUUUAGCUAAUAAGCAAGAUAUGGAGGGAUGUAUGACCGUGGCCGAGGUGCAUCAUGCCUUGGGACUGGAGAAUCUUAAGAAUCGUACAUUUCAAAUAUUUAAAACGUCGGCCACCAAAGGCGAGGGCCUGGACCAAGCAAUGGAUUGGUUAUCCAACACGCUUCAGAGCCGAAAAUAGUCAACGCCCAAAUCCUUAAAGUUUCCCCCGUAAUUGCUUAGAAAUACCCAAGAAAACGAAAACCAACAACUUUGUAAUAAUUUUUUAGUAAUCUAAUUAUAGACAUUCUAGGCUUAAUA